AUGGGUGUUUUAGUAAUUGGGAAGUGGUUUUUAUUAUCCAUUCUGGUGGUUUUUGUGUUCAUGGUAAGUGAUGUUAUUGGUGGUAGGAGUUCGGUAAUGGUGGAGGAGAAUAAGCAGCAGCAAGGUGUUGUUGAUCUUGGUGGUAUGAUGAUGAAGGACGAAACAGAUUUGUUUGCGAACGGUCGUGGUGGUGGAAUGGGUAGUUGCGGAUGGAAAGGCUUGAGUGGCCACUCAUCUUUCACAGGUGAGGUUGUCCGCAAAAAACCUGUUUGUAUGGGGAAGAGUGAUGGUAGUAAUGGUGUUCAACACCAUCUAGACGAGCAAGUGGUGAAAGUGGAUCAUGGUAGCAGUGGUGAUAAGUUAAUAGGUGGUGAUUCGUCCAAUAAAAAUUUAAUUGGUGGUGGUAGUGUGGCUGGAGGAAUAGGUGGUGGAGGUAGUAUUGGUGCUGGUGGAGUUGGAGGCUUGCCAAUUGGCGGCAAUAUUGGUGCUGGAGGAGGAAUGGGGAUGGGGCAGGGUGUUGGAGGAGUAAGCGGUGGUGCUGGAUUUGGUGUUGGCGGCGGAAUGGGUGUAGGUGCUGGCGGUGUUGGACCUGGCGCCGGUGGGGUCGGUACUGGUACUGGUGGUGGAGGCGUAGGUACAGGUUUUGGUGGUGGUGUAGGAAGCGGCACUGGGGCUGGUGGUGCUGGAGCUGGCGGUGCCGAGGCCGCUGGUGCUGGGGCCGGUGGAGCUGGCGCUGGAAGUAGUGGCAGUACUGGUGCAGGCGGCAGCAGUUGUGGUCCUACAGGUAACGGCAACAGUUGCGGGAAUGCUGGUGCAGGCGGCAACUAA